AUGAGCCUCCGUCUGCCUCUGCGGGGUCGGGGCAAAUUCGACACCAUCAUCAGCGCCUACGCUCCGCCGAUGAGCAGCCCCGACGCCGCCGCAAGAGACAAAUUCUACGAGGACCUGCACGCCCUUUUGGCGACUGUGUCGAAGGCGGACAAGCGGAUUGUCCUUGGUGAAUUCAACGCCCGCAUCGGCACAGACCAUGCUGCCUGGAGAGGAGUGCUGGGUCCCCAUGGUCUCCGCGGCUCCAAGGACAAUGGACUGCUGCUCCUCCGCACCUGCGCAGAACACAGCCUCAUCCUGAUGAACACCUUCUUCUGUCUGCCGGAGCGAGAGAAGGCCACUCGGGGGCAUCCUCGGUCGCGUCAGUGGCACCUGCUGGACUAUGUCCUCGUCCGGAGGCGAGGUCAGCGGGACGUGCUGGUGACGAAGGCGAUCGCGGGCGCUGACGGGGGGAUCGACCAUCGCCUCGUCAUCUCGAAGAUGUGUAUUCGUCUACAGCCUCGCAGGAGACCACAAGGUAAGCGACCCCCAGGUAAGCUGAACAUUGCCUUGCUAUCUUUGCCCGCUCACCAUCUUCAUUUCAGCAAUGAGCUAGCUCAACGGUUAGGCAACCAUCCAAUCGCUGACGCCGCCGCUGCUGAUAGCGCCUCCGUGGAGAACCGACGGUGCCAACUGCGAGACACGGUCCAGUCGACGGCGCUAGCCGCCCUCGGUCGCGCAAGCCGGCACCACCAGGAUUUGUUCGACGACAACGACGCCGACAUCAGUAAUCUGCUCGCCGAGAAGAAUCGCCCACACAAAGCCUACGUAGACCACCCCACCGAUGACAACAGAACUGCUUUCUACCGCAGUCGCCGCCACUUUCAGCAACGACUGCGCAAGAUGCAGAACACUUGGACUGCUCGCAAAGCUGAGGAGAUCCAAGGAUACGCGGACAGCAACGAGUGGAAGAACUUCUUCUCCGCGGUCAAAGCUGUCUACGGUCCGCCGACGAAUGCCAGGGGAUGCGGACCCACCUGUAUUCUACCUUCGUAG